CGUUUCAUUACUUUUGCUUUUAUUGUGAAAAAAAAACAUUAACUUGGAACAUUUGAGCUGCCUCUCCCCUCACACAUCUUCCCCGUCAUUUGAAAGAUGGAGUGGGUUUUGUUUUGAGGAUGCAAUUAGCGACGGGAAGCAGUAUGUAAAGAGCAGGUCAGAAAGAGAAUCCUUACAAUACAAAAUCUGCUCUUGUAUAUUGUAUGUAGCUGAGGUCAACCAAGAGAAGCUGCAGUGAGGUCUAGUGCUUUGCCUUUUCUCCUUUUUGUAUUUACUACCAUAAUAAUAAAAACCUGUUGGGAUUCAAGGCAAGCCCUCACAGGUGUCUGUUUUUAUAUGUAUUUGUAUUUCUGCGUAUGUGUGCGUGUGUGCAUGAUAUAUUGCAUGUAUAUAUUUGUGUCACUGUGACAAGAAAUAGAGCUUUCUCACAGCUCUCCCCCCCAGAACUUCAGCGUGAGGGAUUUGACAUCCCCACAGAUGUGACUGCAUGCUACAGUUUGUUGAUCAUGCUCCCUUAACCACUGCUUGUCUCUUCCCCCCUGCUCUUAUUGAUACCUUUCCAUAUAGAGUUGCAGCAUUGUCAUUUUGGUAAUCCUGGGAGAGUUGUAGGCUUUGAAAAGAAAAUAAAUAGUACGCAAGAGGUUAUACCCGUGUGUGCGGUCUUGCUCAUUCCUAAGUGAGCAUUUUGAUGCAGUGAUCUGUUUCCAUUUGUGUCCUAAAUUUUGGUCCCUGCUGUACAGCAGGUACAGGAUUGCACCCGGACUAAGAUGCAACCAACGGCAAACUUGAAUGAGGAUGUUGGUUCUAAAAACACCAGGCCACAGAACUGGGAAGCUCUUGAUCUUUUGAGACAUCUUUUUUUAGUACUUUAAAAAAAAAGACGCUAAAAAAGCAGGAAGAAACAAAAACGCAGUCGGCACCAAGGCAAGAGAGAAAGGGGGGGGGAAAAGUUGUAGAGGUUAAGAGACAACAGAAGACAAAGCGGCAUGUACCCGAGGGAUGCAAUUUUGCUGGGAAUGGAAGAAGGGAACAAUAAAGGAGGAACGUUAGCCUCUGGGCUCUCCUUAUUCCAUCAGUUUGGUUGCUGGCACCUCAAUCUAAACAACUGGUCUAACAAAGUACCUGUUGUGCAGCAUCCGCAUCAUGUUCACCCGCUAACGCCGCUGAUCACGUACAGCAAUGAACACUUCACACCAGGUAACCCCCCACCACACUUACCAGCAGAUGUGGACCCCAAAACAGGUAUUCCUAGACCUCCACAUCCUUCAGACAUCUCUCCAUAUUACCCACUCUCACCUGGCGCAGUCGGCCAAAUCCCCCAUCCACUAGGAUGGUUAGUACCACAGCAAGGUCAACCAGUUUACCCGAUCACAACAGGGGGGUUUCGGCACCCUUAUCCCACUGCACUCACCGUCAAUGCUUCCAUGUCAAGUUUUCUCUCUGGUAGGUUCCCCCCACACAUGGUUCCACCACACCACAGUUUGCACACAACGGGAAUACCGCAUCCGGCCAUAGUCACACAAACGGUCAAACAAGAGUCUUCCCAGAGCGACAUCGGAUCUCUCAACAACUCAAAACAUCAUCAGGAUGCCAAAAAAGAAGAGGAAAAGAAAAAGCCUCACAUAAAGAAGCCUCUGAAUGCAUUCAUGUUGUACAUGAAGGAAAUGAGAGCAAAAGUGGUAGCGGAAUGCACGCUGAAAGAGAGUGCGGCAAUCAAUCAGAUCCUUGGCCGAAGGUGGCACGCUUUGUCCAGAGAAGAACAAGCAAAGUACUAUGAGUUAGCCAGAAAGGAACGGCAGCUUCACAUGCAACUUUACCCAGGCUGGUCAGCACGAGAUAACUAUGGCAAGAGGAAGAAGAGGAAAAGGGAAAAGCAGGCAGGGGAGACCAAUGAUCUGAGCGCUCCUAAGAAAUGCCGAGCGCGCUUUGGCCUUGAUCAACAGAAUAACUGGUGCGGCCCGUGCAGUAAUUGGGCGUCAUACCAGCUACAAGCUCGUUCAGAGGAAACUUUCAUUUUCAGGAGAAAAAAAAAGUGCAUUCGCUACAUACAAGGUGAAGGCAGCUGCGCCAGCCCACCCUCUUCAGAUGGAAGCAUAUUAGAUUCUCCUCCCCCUUCUCCUUCCAUGUUAAGCCCUUCUACCGCAGACUCUGAUCCACAGACUGAACAAAUGCAACCUCUGUCACUUACAAUGAAACCUGAUCCUUUGGCCCACCUUUCCUCACCAUCUUCCUCUGCCUUGUCGACAAACUCGGCGCUCAAGUCCAGCACAGUUUCCGCUGUUAGUUGCCAGAAUGGGGCAUUAGAGCACCGAAACUUGCACCAGUCCACAUUCUCGUCUUCAUCGCAGAUUCGACCUUCGACUUCAUCCAUGUCAAUUGUUCAUUCCCACGGUGCUUUGCAAGAGACACAGUCCCAGCCACUUUCACUUGUAACCAAGUCUUUAGAAUAGCUUUUAGCAUAGUUGCUAGUGUUCUUUUUAUUUCAUUUGUGCCAUAUGGCUACAUGUUAGUAGAUGUUAUGGAGUGCAUUGGUCAAUAUUUGACCCAUUGUUAUUUCAAGGUCCUCUUUGAAUAUGUAGGAUAAGCCUUGAGAGAUCCUGCCAACCUCUUGUCAACCAUUUUCAAAACCUGUCGUGUUCAUCACUGUUAUGUGGUUCUUACUGGGUGGAUUCUUCACGAGUAAGAGUCUACUAUCAGAAUCAAAGAAGCCCUUGUGGGAAGGAGUUGGCUACGCUGUAUUAUUUGUAUUAAAUAAGAGCUUGCGAACCAAUCAUUUUACGUCCAUUUUAUCCUUAAAGGCACAAUGAAUGCAGUGCCACCUGUUAAUUGUGUGGAACAACUUUUGUGAUGUUGCGUGUUAUUGUUUAAAUGUACAGAAAUAAUGGGGAAAACUGUGUUAAUAUGCAUUGUUCCAUGGCGUUGUUUUUUGGAUGGGGGGAGGGGGGCGUGCAAGAAAAAAAUGACAACGCUAUAGGACCAGUAGUAUUUAUUGCUUUAGAGAUGCUUGUUGUAUCAUGUAUGUUGUCUCUUUUAAAUAUUUUUCAUUUCUUCAAUGUAUAAAGUUUUUUUUUUGCUUAGUGUAAGCAUCUUAUAUAUGAAAAGAUUCAUUUGUUACCAAGGAUUUAACAUUUUUUUCCUCUGUUGUGAUACAUGACUGUCACCAAAUGGAUAAGGUAGUGGCGUUAUUAAAAAAAAAAGUGCACAAAAUUGCUGAGAAAAAGCCAUUGUACAAAAGAAAACUUGAAGGCAAUUGGGGGAGGGGGGAUUUUUAAAAAAAUACUAUAAGAUAAAAACACCUGAUCACUCGUAUAGAGCCCCAUAGUGGACAGUAGCCUCAAACCUGGAAUUGCUUAACCUAUAUCCUAUGUAUGUAUUCUGUGCCAAACUUUUAAAGAUCGAUACAUCUUCCCUCCCCCAUUUUUGCUGUAUUUUGGUCCUUUUUAGCUGUGAGGUAACAUAGGUAUGUAUGUAGUUUUAAUGUUGCUGACUAGUUUAAGCUAUAACGCAAUGUGUUUGGUAGCUAUUGGCAAAUCAUCCAAAAAAUCCUAUAAAGCAAAGCAUUGAAGGGUGAGAAUUAAUGAAACCCAUGGGCCAAAUUUUCUGUACGUUGGGGAAAUUACUCUGAACUGAAACUGCCACUUUUUAUGUACACUACUAUCAGUAGGUAUUUAGUAAAUUUUAAAAUAGGCAUGUUGAUGUUGCAAAGGCUGUAUACAACUGAUGAAAAAGUUCAUUCAUUUGGUGCCAUUGUAGUAGAAAUGAAACAGUUGUAUAGCUGUCUUUUUUUCCAUUUUACUAAGAAGCUGAUGACCUUUUGUGAAUACUCUCAAUGUUUCCUAACAGCUGUGAUGUUCCUGUUCUGUUUUUUGCUCCUUUUUAUUUUCUUUCCAUUUUUAUUGUUCGGAAACCAUUUUUGUAAUGAAUCAAUGUUCAUGCUGUACAGUAUCUGUAGCAUGCAGUUCUGGAUUAAUAAAAGCAACUUAGUAUGUGCAGAGAA